AUGUCAUUACCAAGAAUAAGCAGAUCGUCCCUGCAACGGCUGUGUCUCGCUACUCAGCGUCCAGCGUCUGCCUCGCUGCAGUGGGGUGCAGACAAGCUUAGCAGCCGGCUUCAAUGGCGAAGUCAGCACGACUCGCGGAAACCGCCACGGAGGUUUGGAAACCCAUCAGCAUCAGAGCGCAAAUCUCCAAUCCAGCAAAUCAGGGAAGAGCAGGUGGAAAUCAUACCGCCGGUUGCGGAUCGAUACUCCGCACCGGAAAGCCAGAGUUCGGAACCAGAGUACCAGGAGCACGAUCUGCCCAACGAGCCCUGGCCUAGGGUCAGAGUACGCUAUCUACGACCAGCGAUUUGGUCACUCACCGUUACCGCUGGUAUCUUCUCUGGACUCGCGUACUACCAGGCAAAGAAGGAGGUCGAACAGGCAAAAAAGGCUACAAACUGGCUUCAGGCACCGCAAUGGAGGCUACAGCCACAAUCACGUGCAGGACCUCCGAGCGCUACUGAGCUCGCGACUCGCUGGUGGGCAGAGCAGAAUCCUAUCUCGAAGGUCACUUGGUACAUCAUCGGAGCAAACAGUGCGGUGCAUCUGACCAGCUUCCUGGUGCCCCAGUACUGGAACCUGCUGUGGCAUACCCCUGCGCGCAAUGUUAACUACACGAACUUCACAUCAAUGUUUGUACAUUCUGGACCUAUGCAUCUGGCAGUCAACAUGUGGGCGACUUACAAUUUCAUGCUUCCCGUGGGUUACUCGCGACUGUUCGAGGGUAAUGCACCGCACGUGGGAGCGUUCUUCCUCGCCACAGGCGUGUUGUCUGGUUACGCACAGCACCUGACGACUAUGUUCGCGAAGAACAGGCGCAUGAUCCCUGAGAUCUUCAUUCGAGGCGGUGGAGCAAGCGGUGCUCUGUUUGGCAUUCUUGGCGCUUUCUGCAUGGAGUACCCAACAGCUGAACUUGGGAUACUGUUUCUUCCGUUCAAAUUCGAGGCUCAGUACUUCUUCCCUGCUGUUAUGCUUUUCGACCUGGUGGGCUUGGUUCGGGGUUAUUCGUUCGUCAACUUUGGUCACGCUGCUCACUUGUCCGGCGCGCUCAUCGGUGUAGGAUACUCAUACUUCGACGGGAAGAACAAUCUAUGGAAACCGUUGGUACAGUUCUGGAAACGACGACUGCAGAGCACGUAG